AUGAGUCACGUAUUGCCUUCUCCAAUGGCGACAGCUGCUGCACCUUCAUCGACUGAAAUACCAGCACCGCUCAUACCACUCUUGUCAUCCCUUUCAUCAUUGAUUUUCACCAUCGAACAUCUAUUCAAUCGUAUACCAGGUUCACCUAUCAUCGUCAGAUAUAUAAAAUCAAGUUAUCAAGAUGAUCCAUGGAGAUCUUUGUUGGAAGUCUUACUUUUGGGUUUCGCGAUCAGGACAGUAUUGAAAGGUAGGACGAGAGGCGAAGGUGAGGGUAAAAACUUUAUCAAAUUGACUGAAAAGGAAAUCGAUGAAUUAGUGGAUGAUUUCAACCCGGUUCCACUGGUCGAUGAUCCCACUCCAGCAGAUAGCUUCACCCUUGACACAGUACCUACUAUCUACGGACCAAAUGGGAUCAAAGUGAAAACGUCCCCAAACGGUAAAACUCUACUAAAUCUGACUACUCCUAAUUGGUCAGGAUUUAUCGAGAAUGAGAAGAUGAAAGACGUAGCUAUUGAUACUUUGAAAAAAUAUGGCGUUGGUACAUGUGGUCCCAGUGGUUUCUACGGUACCAUCGAUAUUCACACCAAAGCAGAAGCGGAUAUUGCCUCUUUCCUAGGAACAGAAGCGUCAAUCAUCUAUUCUCAAGCAUUCGCACUGGUUUCAUCUGCCAUUCCAGCUUUCGCUAAAAGAGGUGAUAUCAUAGUAGCUGAUCGAGGUGUCAAUUUCGGUAUUCACAAAGGACUACAAAUCUCCCGGUCAAACAUCAAAUGGUACGCUCAUGGUGAUAUGAAAGAUCUCGAGAGAGUCUUACAGAAUGUUGAGAGGGAAAGGAAAAGAAAAGGAGGCAAAUUGACCAAGAAAUUCAUCGUUGCUGAGGGUGUCUUUGAAAAUGAUGGUAUGGUUUUGGAUCUACCCAAAGUCAUCGAGCUCAAGAAAAAGUAUAAAUACCGACUCAUCCUUGAUGAAUGUCAAUCAUUCGGUAUGAUGGGUGCCCAUGGUAGAGGUAUAACGGAGCAUUUCGGUGUGCCCGCUUCGGAGGUGGACAUGCUUUUAGGUUCAAUGGCGAAUGGAGUCGCUACUGGUGGUGGAUUCUGUGCGGGUUCUCAAGUAGUCUGUUCUCAUCAGCGAAUCAAUUCCUCUGCAUCGGUAUUCUCAGCUUCCCUUCCAGCUAUGUUAGCUACAUGUGCUUCAGCAGCCAUCGAUAUGCUCAAAGCUCAACCGACACUGAUGACUUCACUUCAAGCGAAUAUUUUGAUAUUCCGACAAGCUCUAGCAAAACUUGAACCAGUCAUGCCUGAUCUGACCGGGACAUUUUCCGCAAACACGAAUACCGAUUCAGCUUUAAUGCCACCUCCUCCAAUCCCAAACAAAGAUGCGGUAAUCUCGAUUCCAUCGCAUCCCAAUUCAGGAUUGAUACAUAUCUUCUUAUUAAAUCCACCUACGACAUUAGAAGAGGAAGAAUUGCUGUUGCAAGGGGUAGUUGAUGAAGUACAGAACACUUCAAAUAUCUUGAUUACAAGAGCAAGAAGGUUAAGAGCUCAAGAAGUGUUUGAACCUGAACCAAGUUUGAAAAUAUGUAUCUCAGGUGCAAUGUCGAAGAAAGAUGUGGAAAAUGCUGGUAAAGGAUUGAAAGCAGCUUUGAUCAAAAUUUGUGGAAGUGAGUAA